AUGGGGCUUCUCAAAGUUGGAACUCCCUUGCACUGGAAGGAUUCCCUGGAGCAUUGCAAUUAUGUCCGGGAGCAUGGGAUCUUGCAAUUCAUUGCCACCUACCGCAGACUGAAGCACCUGGAGAAUGACCGCCUCUUCUAUGGUGAUGAGAUCGAAUAUUCCAUGCUCAAGGUGGAUGAAGCCAACAGGACGGUGAAGAUCAGCCUGCGGGGUCCCGAGGCCAUGGAGGCCUUGCGCAAGUCGGAGCAGGUCAUCCACGCCUUCAGGGGCUGCACCUGGCACCAGGAGUAUGGCAGCUGGAUGUUGGAAGGCACUCCAGAUUUGCCCUAUGGAGGCUACACCAUGAGUCUCACCUCGGUGGAGCAGAACAUGCGCUUGCGUCGGGGUCGGCUCCUCUCCGCAUUGGCGCGCGAUGAAAUCGCGCCCACUCUGGUGACCUUCCCGCUGAUGGGCGUGGGCGAGUUCACGAGCCCCUCCGCCCCGCCGGGCGGCGAGGCGUCCCAAUCGGACUUUGUGCCGGACGUCUGCAUCAACCCGCACCCGCGCUUCGGCACGCUCACUGGGAACAUCCGGCGGCGCCGGGGGAGCAAGGUGGACAUUCGGGUGCCGCUCUACCAGGAUGUGAAGACUCCAGAGUUCCAAACUACCAAGGACCCACAGAUUCACAUGGACUGCAUGGCAUUUGGUAUGGGCUGUUGUUGCCUGCAGGUGACCUUUCAGGCCAGCGACAUCGAUGAGUCGCGGCUCUUGUACGAUCAGCUGGCCAACCUCGCGCCCAUCAUGAUGGCCCUCACGGCGGCCACACCCGUCGUCAAGGGGCGCUUGGCCUCUACGGACGUGCGCUGGAGCUUGAUCUCGCAGUCCGUGGAUGACCGGACUCCGGCCGAGAGAGGGGAGGGGACCAGUGAAGCAAACCCGCAAAUGGCUGGCUCAGGUGUGAAGAGGCAAAGCAAGAGCCGUUAUGACUCCAUCUCCUGCUACAUCCAUCCGGCCUCAGAGAUCUAUAGCGAUAUCCCCUGUGAGAUCGAUGACGACUUGCUUGCUUUGCUCAAGAAGGAAGGGAUUGAUGAGACGAUGUCGUGCCACAUGGCGCACCUCUUCACGCGUGACCCCUUGGUGAUCUUCGAGGGCCACGUGGAAGUGGAUGACCUGGCGACCACGGAGCACUUCGAGAGCAUCCAGUCCACCAACUGGCAGACGGUCCGAUGGAAGCCCCCGCCCACCAAGGCCAAUGCGUGCGCUCCUCACGUGGGUUGGCGAACCGAGUUCAGAUCAAUGGAAGUGCAACUCACCGACUUUGAAAAUGCAGCCUUCACUGCCUUCAUCGUGAUCGUCACUCGGGCGAUCCUCGUCUUCAACUUGACCUUGCUGUCGCCGCUGUCCAAGGUGGAUGAGAACAUGAGACGCGCCCAUGGCAUGGACGCGGUGCGGAAGUCCAAGUUUUGGUUCCGGAAGCACAUCUUGCCGGACGACACUGAUGACUUCAUGUUACAGAAGUGUCCCGAGCAGCAGCCGUUGAAUGCUGAAGCCAAAUCGAGCCAAUUUGAAGAGAUGACGAUGGAUGAGAUCAUGAAUGGGAAGAGCUGCUAUUUUCCAGGGCUGGUGCCAUUGUGCUAUGCCUACCUGGAGCACAUCGGCUGCGACGAGACCUCCUUCCGGCGGAUCGAUGAGUAUUUGAAGCUCAUCAAGGCACGGGCCACUGGGCAUCAGGUCACGCCUGCGACUUGGAUGAGGAGCUUCGUGCAUGGCCACAAGGACUACAAGCAGGAUUCGGUGGUGUCAGAGAGUAUUGCCUAUGAUUUAGUGCACGCAUGUAAUGACAUUGGCUUGGGGAAGAGAGCCUGCCCCGAGCUGCUGGGUGAUGUCAAGAUUGAGCCCAUCACAGCGCAUGGCCAGUAUGAGACGCCGCUUUACGGCGAAAGACUGGGCCCUGAGGAGCGACGAGGGCUCUUGGACAAGAUUAUGCUGCGCGCUUCUGAGUGCGACGGGACCUUCUCACCGCCCUCCAGUGCUGGGAUGCGGCGACAGACAAGUGGACACCUCGUGGACAGGGAGUUUUCCAACAAAAGCCGCGGCUUUGAGGUGACCAUGGAGAUUUCUGAAGAAAGCCCGGGAGGUUACAAGGCUUGA